UAGAUUUAAAAAAUAUUUUGCCUCAGUGAUCAUUUCUCAACACUUCCUCAGCCCAGGAGCUUCAGAAGCCCCUACCAGGCCAGCUCUCCUCCUGCAGCAGCUCCCUCCACAAGACGAUGAAGGUCUCCGUGGCUGCCGUCUCCUUCCUCCUCCUCAUCAUCAUCACCGUCACCUUAGGGUCCAAGACUGAAUCCUUCUCACGGUUACAGGAGCAGCUAGCAGGUAUCGUCUUUAACAAGGACCAAGUCUGGGCUUCCCGGCACACUUUCUCCUCAGGAGGACCUCACUACCCUGCGGACUGCUGCUUCAGCUACAUUACCCGCACAAUCCCACGUAACCGGAUUACACAUUAUUAUGAGACCAGCAGCCAGUGCUCCAAGCCUGGAGUUGUCUUCAUCACCAAAAAGGGCCAUUCCAUCUGUGCCAAUCCCAGUGAUGCCUGGGUCCAGGACUACAUCAAGGUGCUGGAGGUGACCAGAAGAAGUGGAGAAGGGAACAGCUCAGAAUCUUAAAGAGAAGAAGCCAAGGCCCUCUCCCACUCCCAACUCAGCCCCAGCCACCUGCUGCGAGCUGCCCCGCCUUGAAUUAAAGACCAGACAUGCCCUUCU